GCCCAAAAAGAAGAUUCUAUUGGGGUUCGACCCACUCCUGCCUCCCGUCGUGUGGCGGCGGCGCCCUAGCUUCGCCGCUCCUUGCCUUGAGCCGCGCCGUCGGAACUCCACCUCUCCUUGCCUUGAGUCGCGCCGCUGGAAGCCUGGAACCCGACGUCGAGCUCCGCCGCUCCUUGCCUUGAGCCGCGCCGUCGGAACUCCACCUCUCCUUGCCUUGAGCCGCGCCGCUGGAAGCCUGGAACCCGACAUCGAGCUCCGCCGCUCCUUGCCUUGAGGCCGGUGACAUCGGCCAAGAAGAAGCAUCCCCAGCCCCACGACAUCGGCCGAGAAGCAUCCCCAGUCCGCCACCCUGCAUUUAACGCCCGCAGCAGUUUCAGAUAUCACUCUGAACUUAUUACCAAACAAUCCUUUAUGUAAAAACAUUCUCCUAGCAAUCAGUGCUCUGUUACUUACAGCCGAGCACCACCCAGAUGUACACGCAGAUGGAGGCUAGGAUGGAGGAGCUGGAGGCCAACCAGGCGGCCCAGGACUUGGCCCACAAGGCGCAGCUGGCGGCGGUGGAGGCGGCCCACCAGGCGCACCUGGCGGCACUGACGGAGCACCACCAGCGUCAGAUGGCGGACCUGGCGAGCUUCCUCCGGACCCAGCACCAGCAGGAUCUUCCUCCCUCGCUCUUUGCUCCACCACCAGUCCCAGUGCCUGCUCCUGUUCAGCGUCCGGCUCCGUCGGCGGGUUCGAACCCGACUCCCAGCCCUCCACUGGGUGCCAGCCCUACACAGCAAGGCUGGCCAGGGUACCCGACCUACCCGACCUACCCCACACAGCCGUUCACGUGGGGGCCUCCUCCUCCACAGUCGCAGGGCUACUCCUCGUGGCCGGGGGCGCAGACGCAGCAGGGGCCUAGCGCAGGACUAUGGCGCUACGACGCCGCGCCGUCAGGGUGGACUCAGGCACCACCACAGGCAGGGUGGGGUUCGUGGGGCGAUGGGACCCCUGGGGACGGCGCCACGAGCUAGGAGGACCUGUGGGGGGUACUCGGUGACGAGCAAAGUACCUUUGCCUCCAUCUUCUCGACUAGGACGCAUGUUAGACCCUUUUGCCCUCAUGUUGGACUUGUAGGACUUGUUGGACAUGUAUGUUGGACAUGUAUGCACUUGUUACGCGACGUUAUGUGUAUUUCGGACAUGUAUCGAUGGAUUUGAUGAUGUUCAUGUGUGGAUUCAUGUUGAGCUCGAAUCCGAUGAUGAAAUGCGGUUUAUAUGCUAUAUUGUUAUUAUAAACGUGAUCUGUGGUAUAUAUA